AAGAAGAGAUUAAGAGAGGUUAGAUUGCCGACUAUGUGGUCUAUAACCUCGCCGACACAAAGUUUUCACGUGUUAAACUAGAAUUAAUUAUUGAAGAAUGAUAUGUUAAACAGUUUUGUAGGCGUACAUCGAUCAACAUGCUCUCGCGGGUCACGAGAAGCGUCCUUGCAUCGAAUGUCUCUGCGUUAUUAAAGCAGGCAGCGAUCAAGAUCGAAAGACCCUCAUUAACUCACGUAAGUCCAGUUGUCAAUGCUAUUCACACUAGUGAAUAUCGGCAAAAGAAUGACAAGAAAGAAGACAAGGCGUCGGCUAUCGUGCUCCACUCCUUCGAAAACGCCGAGAGAAAGAAGGAGACCUAUCUGGACAUCCUACGAGAAUAUAAACGUAACAAUGAUCUGCGACGCGGUCAUGUGGAGUUCAUAAAAGUCGCCCUCAAGUAUAUGGACGACUUCGGCGUGAAUCGUGAUCUGGCAGUAUACAAAGACGUGUUGGAUGUGCUGCCCAAGGGCAAAUUUAUCCCAUACAAUUGGUUUCAGACAAUGUUUCCACACUAUCCUAAACAGCAGCAAGUCGCCAUUGAGCUACUGUGUAAAAUGGAACAAAACUGUGUGAUCCCAGAUAUCGAGAUGCAGGAGAUGCUGCUAAACACUUUUGGCCAGCAUGGUGGACCAUUGAAGAAGUUCUGGCGGAUGAUGUAUUGGAUGCCCAAGUUUGCAAAUCUCAAUCCCUGGCCAUGCCCCAGACCGGCGCCCAAAGAUCCACGGGAGCUCGCCAGACUGGCGAUAGAAAAGAUGUCUAGUAUAGAUGUGCAGACCAUAAUUACAGAAUUUGAAACUAAGGAUGUGGAAGAUGCUCUUGAGGAUACGUGGAUUAUAUCUGGCAUGAGUAACAUGCAGGAGGAGCUGCUGCGGACACAAUCACCUAACAAUCCAAUUUUUGUCGAAGGACCAUACACAGUUUGGGUCGCAGACCAGUGUAUAGAUUACUUUGUGUUAAGAGGAGAGGUCAGGGUGAACAAUUUUUACGAAGAUACUGAUGAUGUAUCGAAUAUCAGAAUACCUUUCUGGGAUAAGAAAGAGGUAAUUGUUGUUCCUUCUGUUCACGAGCAAAACGACGGCACAUAUUUUGCAAUAUGCGCCACUGGCACAUCCACGAAAGAUUCCUUAUUAUCUUGGAUACGAUGCUUACAAAAGCGAAAUCCUGUAUUAAAUAUGAUUCCGGUAGUAUUCAAAGUGGCGUCGUCUACGAAAGAACAGCUGUUCCUCAGCAAUAGUGAAAGUGAAAACAAAAUUGUGCAGACUUAAGGAUUAAUACAAGGUACAAAUUUAAAUUUAUUAAAAACUGAAUAGUGAUGUGACGAACGAACGCGCAAUGUAGAUAGAUCUCGCUUGUAUAUAAAAAUAUACAUAUUUUUAUGAUUGA